ACGGGUAUGAACUGUUUAGUGUCACUUUCACCAGUUUGUAGAACUAUGAAUCUCAGAGAUGGGACAGACAGCCAACGGGUAAAGUUCGCUAGUCUCAAAGUUUUAUGCUUCCGAGCGUAGGCAUUCAAAGCGUUGUUUCGUGGUUUACAUAAGGUUGCUACGCAGUUAUUUCGAAUGCGAAGGCUUCACGAUUUGAUUUUCUGUAGUUGGGCGAAUUUGACCUGCUUUUAUCUGCUUUCGUUCGGACAAGGAAUAGCCUACGAUUGUGAGCCUGAAAACCCUGGUGUAUUCCCUGCCAAAUUCUGGUGAAUAAAGAGUAGGAUACUGUGCUUGGGGUUUCGCGAAGAACAUAAACGAAGAAGAACUGUUUGGCGAUCUCCUCAAUUUGUAUAAAUGGCCAAGGCACUUAAGAGAACUGAUCGAGUUUUGCCGUUGCAAUAUCUGUUUUAAGGCUCCAUGUGCAUCUAUCUAUGGACUGGUUUGAAUGUGGGAACGUGUUACCUUUGAUUCCCGACUGCAAAAGACUGUAUUACUUGAAGUUGGCUCCCUUUCCUGAAUUACUGAUUGUUGAGAGGACUUUCAAACCUGUUGUAUGAGUGUUUGUAUGGUAUGGAAUUUUCAACAUACGAAGGGAACGUCUUUUCUUACAUAACGCGCAUGUGGUUUCUGUUGGUAAACUGUUAGAGGUCCAAGUCCAUAGCUUCAGAAAUAUAGGCUAGACGCUGGUUACAAUAUUACGGAUAUCAACGCAGCCUUUUACUUCUGGGAGAAAAGUGAAGCGCCUGGUUUUCGCAAGACAUCGGAUUUUCAUCUCCUCCCUCUCUAGUCAGACUGUGCAUCUGUUGUUCAAAAAGUGCUGUAGGAUAGCAUGGCAAUGGUAGUAAACCAGUGGCAGGAGAGCAUUUCAGCAGAUCCAGGGUCCCAGCUCCAGAUUUGCAACCAGGAGCCAGGCGGGACACCGGGGACACCCUCCGGAUCCACACCAGGGAAUGAUGCCCUUUCCGGUGACAAAAUACCCAACGUGGACUGCAUGGUGUGCGGGGAUAAAUCAAGCGGCAAACAUUACGGCCAAUUUACCUGCGAAGGCUGCAAGAGUUUUUUCAAGCGUUCAGUACGUCGGAACCUGAGUUACACUUGCAGGGGAAAUCGAGACUGCCCCAUCGACCAGCACCAUCGGAAUCAAUGCCAGUAUUGCCGCUUAAAGAAGUGCCUAAAAGUCGGAAUGAGGAGAGAGGCUGUGCAGCGUGGACGCAUGUCCAACUCCCAGUCCAGCCCGGGACAGUACCUGACCAAUGGCAGCGAGGUCUACAACGGGCAGCCCUACCUGUCGGGCUUCAUCUCCCUGCUACUGCGGGCAGAGCCAUACCCGACUUCUCGCUAUGGAGCCCAGUGCAUGCAGUCCAACAACCUGAUGGGCAUCGAGAACAUCUGUGAGCUGGCCGCCCGCCUGCUCUUCAGCGCCGUGGAGUGGGCCAAGAACAUCCCCUUCUUCCCCGAUCUGCAGCUCAUGGACCAGGUGGCGCUGUUGCGCAUGUCGUGGAGCGAGCUGUUUGUUCUGAAUGCCGCCCAGUGCUCCAUGCCCCUGCACGUGGCUCCCCUGCUGGCCGCCGCCGGCCUGCACGCCUCGCCCAUGUCCGCCGAGCGAGUGGUGGCCUUCAUGGACCACAUCCGCGUCUUCCAGGAGCAGGUGGAGAAGCUGAAGGCCCUGCAGGUGGACACGGCCGAGUACUCCUGCCUCAAGUCCAUCGUGCUCUUCACCUCCGAUGCCAUGGGCCUGUCAGAUGUGGCCCACGUGGAGAGCAUCCAGGAAAAGUCCCAGUGUGCCCUGGAAGAGUACGUGCGCAACCAGUACCCCGGCCAGCCCAACCGCUUCGGGCGCCUCCUCCUCCGGCUGCCCUCCCUGCGCAUCGUCUCCUCGCCCGUCAUCGAGCAGCUCUUCUUCGUUCGGCUGGUGGGGAAGACGCCCAUCGAGACCCUGCUGCGUGACAUGCUGCUCUCCGGCUCCAGCUACAACUGGCCCUACAUGCCCGUCCAAAGGGAGCGGCCGCUUGCCCUCCACUACAACGAGAACGGGCCCUGACCACGCCCCCACGCUCACCUGGGGACCGUGGCCACCCAACAGACUCCGCCCACAAAGCCCAUCCCACAUCGGCACCCACUUGUUUUUAACAAUGCCCCUGACCAAAUGCUCUGAUGUGGUCAAUGGGUCAGACUCAUGAAAUCCGUCACAUGAAUUUAAGUACAGUUGGAUUCAAAGGAGACUGACACAGCGAAGGGACAUGUGCCAAUAUGCCUCCAUCAAGUUAGAGGAAAGUAUUUUAACAUUUCAGGAACCUGUUACUGAUGGCAGGUUACUCAGCAAUAUCUCCAGAUCGAUAAAGACUUGAUUUGGCAACGGACAUACUUGACUGAAAAAGCCUAAUCUUUAUCUCUCUGAAGCCAGCAUCUGAAAGUUUUAAGAAUUAAGAAUAUAAAGACACAACAAACCUCCAAGCCAAUGCCAAAUAUGCCAGGACAAUCAUAUAACUUCGGUGUGAAGGCAUUUAAGGUUCACCACCAGCAUAAAAGGAACUCCAGAACUCUGUAAGUGUCCAGGCAAAGUGAAUAGAGAACUUCAGCAGAACUGUUCGGGUUGGCAGGGAGUUGGUCAGAUGUACCAGCCAUGAUCUAGUGAGCUUACAUUGCCAAAGCAGAGGCAUUCUGUAGGAUUUAUUUGGAAGAUUUAUUUGGACUUCUGUGGUAAGAGACACAUCAAUACAGACAUUUUAUUUUGUCUCCAGGAAAGAGGCUUGUGCCACUCAUUUGAUGACUACUCAGAUAUAUUAAGGCUUCAGACCAUGUGGGAUGUGGUAAAAAAAGGUAAUACUUGGGACUAGGAACCAAAAGGUCAGAACAGUGCAGGGACAGGAUGGACAGAAAUGAAUAACAAACUAUCCUUCACUCCACAAACUCUCAAAAAUCUUGGCAUAUACCUACACUCUGCUGCAACCAUAUCAGUGAAUUUGCUUGUACAAUAUCAUUGUAAUCUCUAAAACUCAGCAAAAAUUUACAGGCAACUCAUAGGUAGUGAGCACCUAUUGUAGUGUAGACACUAUUUUUGUGUUAUCCUCAAUAAGAUAAACAAUACAAAGCAGCUUGAAUGGUCAAACUCUUGUCUAAUGCUGUGACAUUGCACCACAGCAUCAGAAGUACAGAAAAGCAGGAAUUUGUAAGCCAUCAGGACAGUGGACACAAGGAUCUGUCUGUCUUGGAAUUGUUUGUAGGUAAAAUAAUUUCUAUGAGAGUUUGUUUUGUUUCUCUAUUUUUUUGUUUUUGUUGGGAAGGCGGCCUGGAUCCAUUGGUUAAAAAUAAAAUUUGCAGUUAAAAAUGUC